AUGGUCACAGAAGCUGGAAUUAUUGGUAAGAUUGGCCUAAACUCGGACGGCGUGGGAGUUUGCUUCAACGCGAUACGCGCAAAGGGCGUCGAUAAAAACCGCCUCCCAGUCCACCUCGGGUUAAGGAUGGCACUGGAAAGCAAGAGCGCUACGUUGGCAGCGGAAAUGCUGGAGAGUAUUGGCAUGGCCAGCUCAGCAUAUAUCGUGGUUGGCGAUGCGACAACUGCAAUCGGACUUGAAUUUACAUCUACGACGUUUCUCAGGGUACCAGUGAAUGACCAUGGCUUCUUGGUCCAUUCAAACCACAUGCUGCUCCAACAUGAGAAUAUCUACGAGCCAAAGUGGCUAGAAGAUUCUUAUACACGAUUGCAGACGAUGGGGCGAAAUAUCCUUCAAACGAAGGAACUAUCUCGAGAAAGUUUUAACGGUCUCUUCGAAGAUGAAUACGACUUCCCGUGCUCUAUCAGUCGAGCACAGGAGGGAGCUAGCGAUUGUGCGACCCUUUUUAAUAUUACUAUUGACUUCAAAGAGGGGCUGGCAGUGGUUAGAGAAGGAAGACCAACUGGCGAUAGAACUAGCCCGACAAUGUGUUUGCAGUUUGAAGCCUCUAAAUAG